UUGCGCGUGGGUUUGGCUUUAAAAGCGACGGCCACGGAGGUCUCUCGUGAUCUGUAUCUGUGCAUCUGGGCGUCUAUGAUCCGUGUUUAGUUCCUCGUGAGGUGUCGCGCUCGCCUCUCCGUCGUCGGUCUUCGUGCGUCUGGGCGUCUGUGAUCCGUGUCCGCGAGAAGAUGAACACCGAGCGAGACGAAACGCGGAGGAAGCCAGUUCGGCUCAUCGCGGCGGCAUGCUGCAACAUGGGCAUAGGGAAAAACGGACACCUUCCGUGGACUCUUCCGACAGAGUUUCAGUACUUUCUGAAUACCAUCACAUCUGUGUGUCAGCCGGGAAAGAAAAACCUGAUUGUAUGGGGGAAGACGAGCUGGCUCUCCUGUCCAGAGAAUGUUUUCCCACUGGCAAACAGCCUUAAUGUUGUUCUCAGCAAAAGACUGAGGUCUGUCCCCAAGCACGCCCACUACCUGUGUGAGGACUUUGAUGGGGCGAUCCGUCUGGUGUCACUGCCAUCUCUCAGUAGCCUAGUAGAGACCAUCUGGAUCUUAGGGGGCGCUCAGGUGUAUAAGCAGGCGCUGGAGCACCCAUGGUGUGACUACAUUUACCUCACCGACAUCAUGGAAGAGUUUGACUGUGACGUUUUUUUCCCCAAGUUUGACCGAAAUAUUUUUAAGAAGCAAGACAGGUUCCCUGGUGUUUCACACGAUAUUCAAGAAGAAAAUGGCAUUAAAUUUCAAUUUCAAGUGUUCAAGAAAGAGAGCUAAACAACAGCCAGUAAGAAAACAUUGCCACAUGGAUUUGCAUCAACACUCUCUGUCGUGGUUUUUGUUGCUGUGCUGAAUUUCAGAAGGCUGUUGCGUAACAAACUGCACUCUCCAUGACAUAAGUCAGCAGAUGGGUGAGCAGGAGUGAGCAGCACUGAGCAUCAGUGAUGAGGGUGUCGUCCCUCACAGUGAACCACAGAACAGUUUGUGACCACUCACCAGACCUGCUGUUCCUCAGGCCAGCAUGUCGCCAUGGUUACACCAUACAGCUAAAGCCCACCAACACAGGGGGAAGGCAGUGGGUGUCCUGGAUACUGAAAACAUGAAAUUUGUGUUAAUAUACCAACUGCUGUGUGAAAUCAGUGCGUUUUUGGCCAUGUGUCGUCUC